GACCAAGGAAACAACCUCUCCAUUGAACUACAUUUCCCAUCACUUCUUGCGUGAGGUCAAAUGUGAGAUCACAGCAUUUUGAGGUGGAAAGUUGUGGCACCGAAAAAAAUUAGUCGUUUCCAGACUGAUGAGCUCGUGUUGAAGCAGAGAAGGGGCCAAGACUUCAGCAGAAUGGGAAUCGAACCCGGUCCAGUCCAAAUCAUCAGUGUAUCCAAGGAUGAUCACUCCUUUGAGUUGAACACAGAAGCUCUGGCCCAGAUUCUGCUGGCUCCAGAGGUCAGGAACAAACAUGUGGUGGUUCUGUCAGUGGCUGGAGCUUUCAGGAAGGGCAAAAGCUUCCUACUUGAUUUCAUGAUUCGCUACAUGCACAGAAAGGAGGACAAGAACUGGCUGGGUCGGGAUGAUGAGCCUCUGACUGGUUUUUCAUGGAGAGGGGGUUCAGAACCAGAAACGACAGGCAUUCAGCUCUGGAGUGAAGUCUUUGUGGUCCAAAAGAGUGAUGGAUCAGAGGUGGCUGUUGUCCUGAUGGAUACUCAGGGAGCAUUCGAUGACCAGUCUACCGUGAGGGACUGUGCCACCAUCUUUGCCCUCAGCACCAUGACCAGCUCCGUACAGAUCUACAAUCUCUCACAGAAUGUUCAGGAGGACGACUUGCAGCAGCUGCAGCUUUUCACAGAGUAUGGACGUCUCGCCUUGGACGAGAUAUUUCUGAAACCCUUCCAGUCCUUGAUGUUUCUGGUGAGAGACUGGAGUUUUCCCUACGAAUACGAGUACGGCUUCAAGGGUGGAAAUGAUUUCCUGGAUAAGCGACUACAGGUGAAGGAGGCCCAACACGAGGAGCUGCAGACAGUCAGGGAGCACAUCCACUCCUGCUUCACCAACAUCUCCUGCUUUUUGCUGCCUCAUCCGGGGUUGAAGGUUGCCACCAGUCCUGGUUUUAAGGGACAACUUUGUGAUGUGUCCCCAGAAUUUAAAGAGCAGCUGCAGAGUCUGAUUCCUAAACUGCUGCAUCCAGACCGGCUGACUGAGAAAGAGAUUAACGGAAACAAAGUCACGUGUCGAGGCCUGCUCGAGUUCUUCAAGGCGUACAUAAAGAUCUAUCAGGGAGAAGACCUUCCCCAGCCAAAAACUAUGCUUAUGGCUACAGCAGAGGCCAACAACCUGGCAGCAGUGGCAGCUGCUAAAGAUCAGUAUCAGAAGAACAUGGAGAAGGUGUGUGGGGGCGACCUCCCUUACGUGGCUCCUGAGUCGCUCCAGGAGAAACAUAUCUUCUUCUCUGGAGAGGCUCUUCACACCUUUUCAUCCACGAAAAAGAUGGGCGGGCAGGAGUUUUGCGACCGUUACCGAGCGCAGCUGGAAAAAGAGCUGGAAGAAAUGUGGCAGUCUUUGAGCAAGCACAAUGAGUCUAAAAACCUCUUCAGCGCCUUCCGGACUCCCGCCGUGCUCUUCGUCCUGGUCUGCCUCCUCUACGUGCUGUCAGGCGUCUUGCUCUUUGUCGGCCUGUCCACUUUCGCCAUGGUGUGUGACUGCAGUCUGGGCUUGAUCAUGAUCGCCAUGCUGACGUGGGCCUUCAUCCGCUAUUCCGGCCAGUACCGGACUGUGGGCGGAGCCAUCGACCAAGCUGCAGGUGUUGUUCUGGAGCAGGCCACUGUGAUGUUGAACAAGUCGAGAGGAGCAAACGCAACAACCCUGAAGAAAUCCAACUAGAACCCGCCCCCCUCUCCAGACACCAGUCUGGGUUCAUGCAAGCAGCACACAAUAACACAAGCACACUUUCAACACUAAAGCCUUAUCAUGCAUCAACGACAUCAGUAAAAGCACAAUACCAGGUCACCAGCAUCUCUACUAUGCAGCAUCAGAAUCCGGUUUAAAGGACUUGAGCGUGUCGGUUCAUGUCUGCAGAACAAACUGCCCUUGUUUUAUAACUUUACUGUUAAUCUUAAAAGGACAAGUCAGUGUUUACAUGUAUAUGUCAAAAAAGAAACGCGUUAUCUUCUUUUCCAGGUCAAUUCAUCUUCCUUAGCUGGAUAUGUGGUGAGAGAUCAGGUCAGAGUGUCUUUUGAGGCUUCAAAGGUUCUCCUUUAAACUGCUUUAAAGCAUUAGCAUACAUACUAUAUUUCUUGAAUUUGAAUGCAUUCCUCUUAAUUUCCACUGCAGGUUGAUGAAAUCAUUUUCUUCUUCGACAGAAAAUUCUUUAUUAUUACUACAUAAAACCGAAGAUGCUGUAAAAUUCUCAAUAUUAUAAAUAAAAGAUCUUAUAAAGUUAAGCCAAUGAACAUUUAACCAAAGAGUAAGCUUUAAAUGUGUUUGUUUUCUUCUGCAGUUUAUGCCUUAACACUUUAGCUGUAAAAUAUUAUCCUGACUGAAGAGUUUUACUUCAGUAACUCUUAUGAAUCCCAAAUGACAAGCACGAUAUUUGAAUAGAGCAAAAGAAAAAAUAGGCUCCUGCUGUGCAUGAGACCACAGCUGGUUCAUGGUGCUUUUUAGAAGACUGCAAUGUUUUUGAUUACAUUCAGAUACUCUGUUCUGAUUACAAAUGUUUUAAACUCAUAUUUUGAAGAAAUUACUACACAUUAUAAAUCCCUUUGUUGCAGCAAAUAAUAUGUACAAAUUGGCCAGCAUGAAAUUGUAAAUAAGAAAACAAAAGUUGCUUGUUUGGCUGCCCUCAUUCUUCUGACAGAGGAGUCAGUGGACCAAUCAGCUGUAGAUUUUUUUGUCAUGUGACAUGUUCUAUAACCAGUAGCCAACUCAUGAAGCAUGUUGGGAUUUUAAAGAAUAAUGGCUAUUUGCACCACAUCUCUGAAUAUCAUUGUGAACGUCAUGACAGUAGUUAAGUCCUUUAAGCGCUCAAAGUUAGGAUUCAUACUUAUAAAACUUUAUUCCUGCAUAUGUUGAAUUGUUGUAUUAAAACAGGGCCAAAAUAUUUGUAGAAUUCAAAACCUUUGACCAUCAUGAUGCACUUUUGUACGUCUCUUUCCACAAGAGGAGGAGGCACCUUCAGGAUGUCUUACUAGCAGUUCAAAUUGCACUUCCUGUCCUCUUUGGUGCUUUUUGCACAUUCCCUUUUCAAAAGUGAUCCAUGCAUGCAAUGUUGCUGUGACUGCCAUUGUAAUCAUCUCAUGCAGGGCUGCUGUUGCAGUGAUUAAUGCUGUUUUAUACUGAAUAAAUAAAGCUUGGCACUGGUAAACAGAG